AAACCGUGGGGUCAGCAGCGUGAACUUUGUACGUUUUCUGUAAACUAUCUCACCACUGUUGGUGGUCACUCUUGUUCAGUUCAACCGAGCGCGGGCGCAUUUGAACAUUACUGUAGAUAUGAUAGAUUUGACUGGAAUAGAAGAAAUGGACAGAUGCAGAGAAAUUUUGCAAACUCACAACUGGGAUCUUGAGGUGGCUGUACAGGAUACAUUAAAUAUGAGGGAGGGGUCACCAUCAGUUUACAGACCACCUUCAAGUUCAAUGCCAACAGUUGUUACAAACUUUCCCAACCAAAGGUUUUACCAAGCAGUUCGAGUAUGGCGACCCCAAGGAAUAUUUGGAUGGGGAUAUUUUUUGUUAACAUUUCCAUUUAAUUUCAUCUAUCAGUCAUUACUUAGUGUCAUGAGGUUUGCUUGGAGUUUGAUACAUCCAGACCCAAGAAGAUAUGUUACAGACCCAUUAGGUGAUGUAUUGAAUUUUAUUCAGAGUUAUCAAUCAAAGUAUGGACCUGUGCACCCGGUAUUUUAUCAAGGGACAUAUAGUCAGGCUCUUAAUGAUGCAAAGAGAGAAUUGAAAUUUUUAUUAAUUUAUCUUCAUGGAGAUGACCAUCAAGAUACACCAUAUUUUUGCAGGACAACUCUGGCUAACCAAGAUGUAAUAGCAUUUAUCAAUACCAGGUUUUUGUUCUGGGCAUGUUCAGUUAAUCUACCAGAAGGAUAUAGAGUUUCUCAAGCCCUACGAGAAAAUGGCUAUCCAUUUUUAGCUGUAAUAGUACUCCGAGAUAAUCGUAUGACAGUUGUUGCAAGAUUAGAGGGCCCAGUAGACCCAACAGAAUUAAUACAGAGGCUUCAAAGGAUUAUGAAUGAUAAUGAAACAUCUUUAGUAGCUGCUAGACUUGAUAGACAGGAACGAAGUUUGAAUCAAACAAUAAGAGAGGAACAAGACCAAGCUUACCUGGAAUCAUUACGUGCUGACCAAGAAAAAGAAAGGAUAAAAAAAGAAGAAGAUGAGAGAAAAGAACAGCAAGAAAGAGAGGAACAUGAAAAGAAGCUUGCUGAACAAUUCAAAAAAGAUGAAAUAAGAAGACUGAAAGUAGAACUAGCUGAUCAGGUUCCAGAUGAACCACCACCUAAUGAACCAGAUACUAUUCGUUUGAUGAUAAAACUACCUGAAGGUCGUAGGUUAGAAAGAAGGUUCAGAAGGGACCAUUCACUAAAGUACCUAUACUACUUUGUGUUUUGCCAUGAUCAGUCACCGGAUAGCUUCCAAAUUGUGACUAAUUUUCCACGCAGAGUCCUUCCGUGUGAGCCCACCAGAGAAUGUCCUGAGCCACCGUCCUUCCGAGAGGCUGGACUAAGCCAGUCAGAGAUGCUGUUUGUUCAAGAUCUUGAUACAUAAAAAAACACCAUUUUUGCAGGUGCUAGAUAAUUCUAUUGUUUUUUGUUUUUUUUCAGAAUGAAUUAGUCAAUGUGGUGUAAAUCCAGAUGAAAAUAUAAUUUCUUAAAGGAAAACAGGACAGUAUUUGUUGACUCUAAAUUUAAUUUCUUGUGGAUAAAUAUAUAGAAGUGGGCAUGUAUUAUUAUACUAACAACUGCAACAGGUAGGAAGACAAUACAUCUAUGGAUGCUUUUGUAGUGUGGAUAUGUUCAGGUAGUUAUCUAAAUUAAUUAUGGAAGAACGUUUUAACUCAUAUGCUUUAAAAAUCAGGCUUAUCUUGAUUCUGUUUACUGCUUUACAAAUGUUUAGAAAAUGCUUAACAUUUUCUGGUGUAACUUGUUUUGAGAAUAAGUUUGAAAGUAGGUUUUAGAGUUGAUGCAGAUUAUUUCUUGUGAGUGUAGCAGUAGAAAGGCUUAUUUGAAACACACACAAACUUUAAUAUUUGUUUAUUUGGUAGUGAACUUAUUUCAUUGCUUCGAGGUGUGUAUGCAAUUGUCAAAGACAGCAAAUAACCUGUUUUAUAGAGAGCCUUGGACACUGUAAAAUAAAUGUGGUUUUUAUCCCAGAAUCCUUUCUUUUUUUCCAAAUUAAUUAUCUCUUGAGCUGUAAGUGUAUUAAUCAUUCCAUAAUAUACAUGAGUAAAAUAAAAAACUGUAAGGUUACUAAGCAGUUACUCUAAAUUUGCAUGCAUCUAAAUGAAAAUGAAAGAUUGUGUUGAAGUUGUAUCAGAUGUUGUUUCAAAUGUGCUUGUUUGAAGCACGUUGAAAUAAAGACAUAUUUAACAAUAAA